CACUAGCCUCCUCUCCUCGCAUAUUUGCACUCAUUCUCUCCGUUCGCUUGCCCCCUCGCCCGCUUGGUCUCUCUAAUCUCUCUUUCUAGAUCCGGAGCUCCUCAGUGAUUUCUAAUAAGUUAAAGGCUUUAUAGUUCCCUUAAAAUGUUGUUUCCUUGGAUAAAGGAAAUUUGAUGAAAGCUAUUCGGCUAAGUAACCUAUUAUGGAUGCUGGGUUGUCUUACAAGUAUGCACUGAGUCCAUCACACUUCUGGAAGUCAUUUGGAGAUUUUACAAUUCUGAAUACUAGUCUUAAUUUAUCUGCACUUUUGGCAUGUCAUGUGCAUUACCCUCUAAAAGAAAAUCUGCAAGAGCACCACAUAGCGCUGUUUGGAAAUACAGUUUAAUUUGUAUGCAUUUACAUAUGAGAUGGGGUGUCGAGGAAGACCAUUCUUUGAUCUUAAUGAACCCCCUGCUGAAGAGGACGAAGAGAAUGAUGGUGUCCUCUGCUUACAGCCUCAAAAGGCACUUCCAUCUUCAAAUCCUAGAAAGCCUGAUUUGUUUGCAUCAUCAGAAGGUUCUCAAAGAAUAAUAAAUAACCAUGCGUUCUCGCAUGCAUCUUCUCUUUCAGGCUUCCAGCCCUUUGUUAGGCCUAAAGAUGUGCAUAGUACUGAGGAGUGUGUUAAACAGAAGGAUGAUUUGGAAUUCAAAGUUUCUUCAUCCUCUAAGGUGGGUCAUAUUGAGGAAAAUAAAGCAGCACCACCACAGCCUCUUGGCCUUCCAGCAGAUGCUCCAGCCAUUGAAAGAGAGGAAGGGGAAUGGUCGGAUGCUGAGGGUUCUGCUGAGGCACUUCAAAGUAAUACAAACAGCGGUAAGCAUGAUCAAUCAAUUAAUGAUAAUGGAUUAGCUGCACAAAAGCAAGAAAUGGCUGAGAGAGAUGUUUUUUCUACUUCUGCAAAGACUGCUGAAAAUAUCUCUAAUGAUGUUAGAGUUGCUGGGGGUACGAAGGAUGAUGUUGCGGACAAUACCAAGGAUGGGAGUCGUGGUCAGGCUUCUUUAGGGUUGGAACCAGAGCCAUCUGAUGGGACGUGCAACAAUAGCCGACAGUCUGAGGGCAAUUCAAAAGUAGAUGUAGCAAUGGAUGGACAGGAGGAAUCUUCAGUUGUUGUGAAUAAAAGAGAAGUUAAAGGAGUUGAAGCAAGUCAUGCACUAAGAUGUGCCAAUAAUCCUGGAAAGAGAAAUAAGCUUGACCAACAAAAGGAGGCAAUGCUAGGAAAGAAGCGUAACAGACAGACAGUGUUUCUUAAUUUGGAGGAUGUCAAACAAGCUGGCCCUAUUAAAACUUCCACUCCAAGAAGGCAAACCUUUUCAGGACCCAUAACUACUCGGACAGUGAAGGAAAUUCGUAAUAUUCCUUCCCCAGCUGAACGCAGUGGAGAUAGACAGGGCCUAGCAAAAGAUCCAAAACAGGGAGAUACAUCAUGUAAUGAAGGUGGCACUCCAAUGGAAUACAGUGAUCAUAAAUUUGAAUCUAAUGGUGAUAUAAAUCCAGGACCUAAGUUUAAGAGGUUAAACAGUGGCAAUGACACCCCUGCAGAUAUAUACCCACCAUCCGUUCCUAGACAGGGUUCAUGGAAACAGUCCAUGGAUUCCAGACAACUCAAGAAUCCACAAGUCUCAAGUAGGAAACAGCCAAUGGUCAAUCAAGUAUCAGUGGAUCAAAAAUUAAGCAACAAGAAACAUCUUCCUGUCAAAAAACAAACUACAAACAGUACACAGUAUCAAGAUACAUCUGUUGAACGCCUUUUGCGUGAGGUUACCAAUGAUAAAUUCUGGCAUAAUCCAGAGGAAACAGAACUUCAGUGUGUUCCUGGACGGUUUGAAUCUGUAGAAGAGUAUGUUCGAGUUUUUGAACCUUUGCUUUUUGAGGAAUGUCGGGCACAACUGUACAGCACUUGGGAGGAAUUUACUGAAACAGUUUCAAGAGAUGCACACAUAAUGGUCCGCAUCAAAAACAUGGAAAGGCGUGAAAGAGGAUGGUAUGAUGUAAUAGUUCUUCCUAUGCAUGAGACAAAGUGGACAUUUAAGGAGGGCGAUGUUGCUGUUCUUUCAUCACCCAGGCCUGGAACAGCAGCCAGAUCUAAGAGGAACAGUUCUGGAGUAAGUGAGGAUGAUAUGGAACCUGAGGUCAAUGGGCGUGUUGCUGGUACCGUUAGGCGAUAUAUACCCAUUGAUACUCGUGAUCCUCCAGGAGCCAUUCUUCACUUUUAUGUUGGGGAUACAUAUGAUACUAGCAGCAAGGUUGAUGAUGAUCAUAUUCUGAGGAAGUUACAGCCAAAAGGCAUCUGGUUUCUUACUGUUCUUGGUUCUCUUGCAACUACCCAGCGUGAAUAUAUUGCUCUACAUGCAUUUCGGCGUCUCAAUUUACAGAUGCAAACUGCAAUCCUCAACCCUAGUCCAGAACACUUUCCAAAGUAUGAAGAACAGCCACCUGCCAUGCCUGACUGCUUCACACAGAACUUUGUAGAAUACCUACACAGGACCUUCAAUGGUCCUCAAUUGGCUGCCAUUCAACGGGCUGCAAUGCAUACAGCUGCUGGUACCAGUAGUGGGAUGACAAAGAGGCAAGAUCCUUGGCCUUUUACGCUUGUUCAAGGGCCUCCAGGAACAGGGAAAACACACACUGUGUGGGGAAUGUUGAAUGUUAUACAUCUUGUUCAGUAUCAGCAUUAUUACACUGCAUUGCUCAAGAAACUGGCUCCAGAAAGCUAUAAGCAAUUUAAUGAGAGCAAUUCUGAAAGUGUCAGCACAGGAUCCAUUGAUGAAGUUCUUCAAAGCAUGGAUCAGAACCUACUCCGUACUCUGCCAAAACUCUGUCCAAAACCCAGAAUGCUUGUAUGUGCUCCUUCAAAUGCAGCAACUGAUGAAUUGCUAGCACGUGUCCUAGACCGUGGAUUCAUUGAUGGUGAGAUGAAAGUCUAUCGACCCGAUGUGGCCCGAGUUGGUGUUGAUUCACAGACUCGUGCUGCACAGGCAGUUUCUGUUGAGCGAAGGACUGAACAGCUUUUAGUGAAGGGCCGCGAUGAAAUUAUUGGAUGGAUGCACCAGUUGAAGGCUCGUGAAGCUCAAUUAUCACAGCAGAUUGCUUGUCUUCAGAGAGAGCUUAAUGUUGCAGCUGCAGCAGGUCGUUCUCAGGGAUCUGUUGGUGUUGACCCUGAUGUUCUUGUUGCUCGUGACCAUAAUCGUGAUACAUUACUCCAAAAUCUUGCAGCAGUUGUGGAGGGAAGGGACAAAAUUUUGGUUGAGAUGUCCCGCCUUCUCAUCUUGGAAGGCAGGUUUCGUGCAGGUAGCAGUUUCAACAUGGAAGAAGCUCGUGCAAACCUUGAAGCUAGUUUUGCCAAUGAAGCCGAGAUUGUUUUUACUACAGUCUCAAGUAGUGGUCGCAAGUUGUUCUCUCGUCUCACUCAUGGUUUUGAUAUGGUUGUUAUUGAUGAAGCAGCCCAGGCUAGUGAAGUAGCAGUUCUUCCUCCUCUUUCUCUUGGUGCAGCUCGCUGUGUUCUUGUAGGAGAUCCUCAGCAGCUUCCAGCAACAGUUAUAAGCAAGGCUGCUGGGACCUUGUUAUACAGUAGAAGUCUCUUUGAAAGGUUCCAGCAAGCUGGUUGUCCAAUGUUAUUAUCUGUACAGUACAGGAUGCAUCCUCAAAUCCGUGAUUUUCCUUCUAGGUAUUUCUACCAAGGCCGUCUGACUGACAGUGAAAGUGUCUCCAAUCUACCUGAUGAGAUUUACUAUAAAGAUCCUUUAUUGAGACCUUACUUGUUCUAUGAUAUUACACAUGGACGUGAAUCCCAUAGAGGUGGAUCAGUCUCUUACCAAAACAUCCAUGAAGCACAGUUCUGUCUCCGCUUAUAUGAGCAUCUUCAGAAGACACUGAAGUCUUUAGGUGUUGGCAAGGUUUCUGUUGGUAUAAUAACUCCAUACAAGCUGCAGUUGAAAUGCCUUCAACGUGAGUUUGAAGAGGUUUUGAAUUCAGAAGAAGGGAAGGACCUGUAUAUCAACACCGUGGAUGCAUUCCAAGGUCAAGAGCGUGAUGUCAUAAUCAUGUCUUGUGUCCGUGCCUCAAAUCAUGGUGUGGGCUUUGUUGCUGAUAUCCGUCGAAUGAAUGUUGCCUUAACUCGUGCAAGAAGAGCACUAUGGGUCAUGGGCAAUGCCAAUGCUCUGAUGCAAUCUGAUGAUUGGGCUGCAUUGAUCACGGAUGCGAGGGCGAGGAGCUGUUAUGUUGAUAUGGAUUCUCUUCCAAAGGAGUUUCUGGUCACAAAAGGCCCUACAUACACUCCAUUACCGGGGAAGGCUUCUUCUAACACGAGGAAUUUGAGAGCAUCUGGACCAAGGCAUAGACACAUUGACUUGCAUCCUGAGUCCAAGUCAGGCACCCCUUCAGAGGAAGAUGAGAAGUUGAACAAUUUACCAAUAACAAGGAAUGGUGGUUACCGAAACUUCAAGCUGUCAGUAGAGAAUUCCUUAGAUGAUUUAGAUCAAUCAGGAGAUAAAUCUCGAGAUGCUUGGCAAUAUGGCAUCCAGAAGAGACAAAGUUCUGCUGGGGUAGUCAGCAAGAGAGAUUCGUAAUAGGCAGAGACAACGAUGUCUGCAUGUUUUUGUGGCGCCCAGGGGAGAUUUGAGCGAGGUUAAUUGAUCUCUAUUUUUUGUUAAUGCUCCCUCCCAGGGCUGGAUGGACAAAUUCAGGAGAAUAAUCUCCUCUUCUGCUUUGUCCAGAAGAAAGCUUGAUUAAUAAGUCAAGAUCAAGCACAGAUCCUGCUAAACUCUGGUGACUUGAGUUACUCAAUCAGCUCAGGUGGAUCAAAUGGAAAGUUGGAGUUUGAGGAAUGAGAACUACAUUGAUGAGUACUUCGGACUAAAAAGGAUGCAUAUAUCGCUAAUUGGACUGACUCGAUAUCAAAAAUGGUGUUGCAAGAAACUGAUUGCUUUCCAAGUUAUCAUCAGGCUUAGCAUGGGGAUUUUGAUAAGUUUUUUUUCGGUCUUCUUUCCUGAUGACGUUCAGAGAACUUGGGAAUAUUGUGCAUUACACACAGCCAAGCAAGUUGGCCUCAGAAGAUCAGCAAGCUUCUCAUCAUUCGGACAAGAAUCAAGCAUUUUGUUGGCUCUUGUUCCUGGGAAUAUGACAGCAAGCUUAGCAUGGGGAUUUUGAUAAGUUUUUUUUCGCUCUUCUUUCCUGAUGACGUUCAGAGAACUUGGGAAUAUUGUGCAUUACACACAGCCAAGCAAGUUGGCCUCAGAAGAUCAGCAAGCUUCUCAUCUUUCGAACAAGAAUCAAGCAUUUUGUUGGCUCUUGUUCGUGGGAAUAUGACAGCCAGAUUUUUUGCUCUCUUGCUUAGUAGCCUGUUGACUGCAUGGAACACGGUAAACUGGAGUACCGAGUAUCCUUACGAUUGCCCAUGUCCGGGUGCAUGAGGCGAUGUUUUGCAUACUUGCAGUAUAUAUUCAAGAUUUUAUAUGGUUAUAGGUUUUAUGUUUCUUCUGUCUCCAGUUGUUUGAAGAGGAAACUGUGGAUGGCAGCCCCAACAGGUAUAUUGAGGUUAGACAAUUCUGUAUAGAAGAUGGAUUACAAGAUCUGUCAUGUACAAGAAAAAUCAUACUAGAAGUAGUUGGGAUGUCACUUAUUAAUCAUUUAACUGUACAUUAUCAACUUCUCUAAUAACACAAUUCUUUCUUUAUUUUUCCCCA